CACCCCAGCCGGAAACCAUCGUCUACCUAGACUCAAACUACCACCCUCCCCACAACCUUCUUCCCAGCCCCACACCUAUAUCCCACACCCCUACACCCUCCCCAAAUCCCCUCACGCAUCACACCCGCCACCAUCCUCCUCACCUCCCUCUGUCCCUCACGCGCCCUCUCCACCCUCCUCCCCGGCCAACUAAAACUCAUAAUCAUCACCUCCGUCGGCACCAACCAUGUUGAUCUAACCUAUUGCUCUGAAAACGGAAUCCAAGUCUCCAAUAUGCCGGACACGAAUACGGAGACGGUGGCUGAACAUGCUGUUGCGCUUUAUUUUGCGGUGAAGAGGGAUAUAGUUAGUAUGCAUGAGUGGACUAUGAGGGGGGAGGAGUGGGAGAGGAAGGGAACGGGGAUUUUGGAUAUGAAUACGUUUUGUGGGGGUGGAGCGAGGGGGUGUAGGAAUGAGGUUGUGGGGAUCGUGGGAGGUGGGAAGAUUGGUAGGGAUUUUAUUCUUUGCUUUUUGACAUGAGAUUCAGAGUCUAAAUGUCUGGAACUUUUGUGUCUUUCGAGAUGCUGACGCUCAACUCCUAGAUUAGGGAGUUUCCUACCUAUUGGAGUGGAGUGAAUUAGAAUAAGAAAAGCGAUAAAACUAACACAAACCCAGGAACCGCAAUAUCAACCCUCUGCAAAGCCCUCGGAAUGAAAGUCCUAAUCUCAGAACGCAAAUCCACACCCAAAGAGGAAACUCGUCCGGGCCGAACACCCUUUGCCGAGAUUCUCAGCCAAAGCACAACGAUAAUUCUCUCCUGUCCCCUAUCACCCACAACAAAAAACCUAAUUUCGGCUUCUGAAUUCUCAGUCAUGCGACGUGACGCGAUCCUCAUCAACGUUGCACGUGGAGGAGUAGUGAAUGAAGCCGCUCUUGCAGAUGCGUUGGAUCGGGGAGAGAUAUUGGGAGCUGCUACGGAUGUUUUUGAGAGGGAGCCCGUGGAGAAGGGGAAGAGUGCGUUGAUUAGGGGAGAGAGGGAAAAGAGGGUUAGGAAUUUAAUUGUUAGUCCGCAUGUGGCGUGGUUUGGGAGGGAGAGUCAGGAGAAAUGUGUUAAGACUGUUGGGGAGAUUUUUGAGGGUUUUAUGAGAGGGGAGAAGAUUAAUUGUGUGGCUUGAGGAGGAACUUUAAUAUGAAAGUUGCAUGAAUUUCAUUAAGUAGGGUAUAAUGUCAAUAACAUAUUAAGAAUUAUAAU